AAUAUGAAAUUGGGACAUUUCUCUAUCGAUUUGGUUAUUAUUCCUCAAAUGUCAUCAAAAUAUGUUACAUAUUGAAACUGAAAGUAUGAGUGCUUUGCAUAUUAAUUAAUUUGGGUCAAGGAUAAGUUCUAAUUAAUAUACGUUCUGUGUCUCCAUUUAGAGUUGACCUGCUGCUAUAGAUCCAUCUCAAAUAACCCACCAUAUACAGGGGAACAACAAAAGGAUGGACUUCCCUCUAGCUUUACCACCAAUUUCACAUCCCUUGGUCAACCAUUUAGACUUUAUUGUCCACGUCAGAUUGAUUCACCAAUAGCCUGCUUUGAAUGAGGUUGCUAAAAACUCGAUCUUCCGACAAACAAACUCAACUCUUUCUCCACAUUGACACGACUUGGUUUUAAGAAUUACUUUGGACUUCUUCCUGCUUGUUUGUUUGUCACUGUGCCAAGAUUACAUCAUGUGUGGAGGUUAUUGGCUCUGUAAUAUUUUGAUUUUGAGCUCAGUUUAAUGCCAUUUGGUUUUAGCAACUCGUUAUUUUGAGCGUGGAAACUGGUUUUUCCUUUGCAAUAAAAUAUACAGGAACUGUUCAAUGCCCUCCUACCUAUCAACAUUUCCCUUGAAGAAAUGAUUCAUUUUCUCCUCCGCUGUUGCCUCCUCUUGUGCUGUUUCUUCAACCCUGCAACCAGCUCUGGAUUCUGCUUCGAGUCUCGCUGUGGUGGCGAUUAUCAGACGAUUCGAUUCCCCUUUAGGAUUGAAAAUCGCCAGCCGAAAUCAUGUGGGUAUCCUGGCUUUGAUUUAUCCUGCCAGGCCCAUCCCACAGGUCAAGAUCAACCACUACUUCAUCUCCCUCCUUCCGGGGAUUUCAGUGUCAAAUACAUAGAUUACCGAAACCAAGAAAUAUGGAUCAACGAUCCAAACAAUUGUCUGGCAGGAAAGAUUCUGUCGCUCAAUCUUUCUGGGUCGCCGUUUGUCGCCAAAAACAGCCAAGAUUUUACAUUCUUCAAUUGCUCGGCGGACUACUCGCCAUCUUGGCUCAUUGAUCCGAUUUACUGCCUGGGCAGCUCUUCCCACGCAGUCUUCGCAUCAUCUUCUCCGGCGACUAUAGACAUUCUGUCAUCGAACUGUGUUGUGAUAAAAACAGUUUCGGUGCCAGUUUCGUGGUCGUUUUGGCCGAAGCUGUGGGACGAUCUGCUGUUAAGGUGGGAAAAUCCUGCCUGCGGAAGCUGCGAGUCACUUGGCGGAGGAUGUGAGUUGAAACCCAAUUCAAGCUCACGCCACGAAAUUCAGUGCACAAACAUCCCACAAGCUGCGACCCCCUCAAAUUCUAGUAGUGCUUUGUCUAUGGCGGUGGGUGUGGUGGCCGCUGUGUUGUGCUUUUUGAUCCUCUUGUGUUGCCUUUGUGCCAGACUGAGGUCAAGGCCACGCAAUUCUAGCCCCGAAACUCACUGGACCGUUUCUUCUCAGCCCACAACUACAAUGGGCCUCGAUGGGCCCACUAUCGAUUCCUACCCAAAUUUUGUGUUGGGCCAAAGCCUACGCCUACCAGAGCCCAAUAACAACAUCUGCCCAAUCUGCUUGUCCCAAUAUCGGCCCAAAGAGAUACUGAAGAGCAUACCCAAUUGCCAACAUUGCUUCCAUCAACAUUGUAUUGAGGAAUGGCUCCGAUUGAAUGCUUCCUGCCCUGUCUGUAGGAAGUCCCCCUUUGAAUCUCUGCCGUCCAUUCCUCCUUAGCAGCAUCAAUCUUCUGCCACCUCACUUCCAAAUACCAAAUUUGUACCCUUUUUUUUUGGUGGGAGAAUAUUCACCAAUUUGCUUUGGUUUGACUCCUAUUCUUAUUUAACUAG